AUGGCGCGCUGUCGGGGAGAUUCGGAGAAACUGUCUAAAUGUCCACCGGUGGCGCUGCCGCGUCCGAACAGUAAACUCUGUCGUGAGAAAAAAAUAGACGAUGUCAACAGCGGAGACGGUAGAGAAAAACAGAAGCAGAAAACGACUUCUCUCCGACGCAUAGGGAUCAGAGUGUCAUCUCUCGAUGGAUCGAGGAAAAUGAUGGAAAGCAAAAAACCCGAGGUGACCAAACGCGAUGCCGGGCGCUGCCAUUCGGAUGUCGAGGUUUCCAAGUCGCAGAAAGACAAAAACGAAUGUAGAAAUCAGGUCGAUGAUUCCCUCCAACAAAGCCAGUGCCAGAAAGUCUGCGAAGCCCCGAACCUCGCCGCGAGACGGACGUCUGACUCGCACAGUUCGGGGCAAAGGCAUGAGGCGGUCGACGCGUCGAGCAGGGUGGGUGCUCCGGCUGAUUGGAGGCACCCUCGAAAUGUGUACAGUGAGCCUAAACCACCGGUGAAUUUAAAAGGCGUUGGACACCAAAAUCCCAUGGCGCUUGCCUACAAGAUGUCGAAAGAAGUUGUGCCCGAACCACAGCCUACGCUGGAGGUCAGGUACAACGCACCCACAAUGUGGACCAACACACAUUCUGAGACUGCGGCGCCACAGAAUGUUCUUAUAAAAAAAAAAUUGUUCAAGUUUGUUGUAAAGAAACCUACCCAGCCCGCCAAUUCAAAGCCGUCCAGGGUUGCCGACAUUGCCCCAAAAUGUUCAAUUCCCCCGGCUCAAAUAAAAGAUUCGUCCAUUGGCGCAUUUCAGAGGCCCGCGAUCGACAUACCAGCCAAAAAACUCAGUGUUUGCAGUGAUCACAAAUCAAAAUGCGACGAAUCCAAGUCGGACAUCAAGAAAAUACAGAACAGCCAAUUGUUGCAGCGUUCUCAACAAUACCCCCCUGUGCCAAAGACGCCGUCCCCACAACCAGAGAACACCGUCGAAAGAGAUGUCACCACCAACAAGGAUCCCACAAUCACCACGGACUCUACAAGCGGCAGAAGUGAUAACUCUACGAGUUCCACGCUGGAUAUACUUACACCCUCGCGGGAUAUACAUAAACCCUCGCGGGAUACGCACACACCCUCACUGGAUGUACAUACACCUUCGCGGGAUAUACAUACACCCUCGCGGGUGAUAAAUUCCUGCUUGGUUGAAAUAAAUCGAUCACUGGACACGGGAGACGCUAUUAAGCCGAGCUCGCACCCUGCUAUAAAGAACUCACCCCCUGAAGUGCGGAGCAAUCGUUUUCAAAAAGUUGUCAAUUCUGUAGAAGGCAAUCAAGUCC